GUAAAAAGCAGAGAGAAUGUCUAGAUUUGUGCUUGGAUGCUGACGCCCCAAUUUUAUUUUGUGCUUUUAGCCAGAAAAGAACGGAGAUGGAAAGAGGCCGAUUAUUGUGAACAAUGUUGAUAACGUUGUUUCAGUGAUGGCAGCGGAGGAAGGGGAGGGGCAGCAGUGACAGUAUGAGAAGGAGGAGGCUGGAAACAGAUGAUAGCCCUGUGAUAAUAGCAAUGAACCCCAGUAUGGAAGCUUUCUGAAUCAGAGCAGCUUAUUUGUAUGGGUUGGGGUUUGUGCAGGAGAUGACUGGGAGCUGGAUUUGAGUGCAUGAAAUCAACAUUUUCACUUGUCCUAGUGAGCAGGUCAGGUUGUCAGAGGAAUCCCUAAACUCAGAUGGGUCAGGCAUUGUGGAGGCUUCCUCCCAGACAACAGCAGCAGCUUCAGGAAGAGCUGGCCGACCAACUGGCUGAGAGCGGAGGAGGAAAACGAGACUACGGGAGAGAUGGGGGCUGUGCCCAGAGAAGGGUUCCACAGCACUGUUACAGCCCUGACAUCUAUCAUCUGCUGAAGACACGCAGAGGUAAAGUGCAGCAUGGGUUUAUAGAUCUGGAGAUGCUUCCACCUGAACUAGGUAUUACUAUCCUCUCGUACCUGAAUGCUACUGAUCUGUGCCUGGCUGGCUGUGUCUGGCAGGACCUGGGAAAUGAUGAAUAUUUGUGGCAGGGGCUGUGCAAGUCGACAUGGGGACACUGCUCCAUCUACAACAAGAGACUACCUGCUGGCUUCUCAUAUCGAAGACUCUACCUUCAGCUAGAUGAGGGUAGCCUGACAUUCAAUGCUAACCCACAGGAGGGUAUCGGCUAUUUCAUGUCUAAAGGAAUACUAAUAGAUCAUCCCACAGAGCUGGCCAAGUUCAUUUUCUACACCAGACGGCUCAACUGGAAGAUGUUGAGGAUUUACCUGGAUGAGAGGCGAGAUGUCUUGGAUGAGUUGGUGACUCUUCAUAACUUCAGCAACCAGUUCCUCCCUAAUGCUCUGAGGGAUUUCUUCCGACACAUACAUGCACCCGAGGAGAGAGGAGAGUAUCUGGAAACACUCAUCACCAAGUUCAGCCACAGAUUUUGCACCUGUAACCCUGGCCUAGUCCAUGACCUUGGCCUUAGCCCUGAUGCUGUGUACGUGCUGUGCUACAGUCUGAUCCUGCUGUCCAUCGACCUCACCAGCCCUCAUGUGAAAAACAAAAUGUCAAAGAGGGAGUUCAUCAGGAACACUCGGCGAGCUGCUCAUAAUGUCUCCGAGGACUUUGUAGGCCAUCUGUAUGAUAACAUAUACCUGAUCGGCCACGUGGCUGCGUAGCUUCACUUACUGAGUGAUAGCGACUGGGGAUCAGACUUCAUUGCACCAAUGGAACACUGAGGAAAUUCAUUUGAGCAAAUUCUAAAUCCUGGAAGCAAUAUUACAUUCGAUUGCUACUAAGUUUUAUUAGACAGGCUAUAACGAUAACAUUUCAACAAGUUCACUGAAAGAGAAGAGAGAUUUUGCUAUCAAAUAUCAGUAGUUCAUAGUCUUUAAUCAAAGGUGUAAGUGAAGCUUGUGGAGUUUGCCCAAAAACAUGAACUCUAAACGAGGGUUUUUACAGAAACUCUAAUUUUUGCACUGAAAUCUGAAGAUUGGAGGAGGAAGAAUGAAAAUGAAAAAGCACUGCCCUCAGUCUCCUCCAGCUGCCAGGAAAGGUCUGCUGGUGUCCUACCCACUAUGUGCUGCUCCUAGCUCCUCAGCUUGGCCUUACCUUAUCAUUGAUGGAACAGAGGUUUCUCUAACACUGCUCACAUGCUGACAAUGACACAUUGGUGAAGAUCAGUUGUGUUUGACACAUUGUGAAUCUUUAAAUUAAAACUUCUGUUUGGUUCAGUUGAAAGUCAGAUGAAAAUAUCCCACUCAUAUAGCAACAUUUUUCUGAAUAUCUGACAUUUUCUCUGGGUUUGCUCAGGGAAGUGCUCAGCAACCACACUUAAGCCUGAGCUGAGCACUUCACAAUUCACAUGUAAGCUUAAUCAGUUCAUACCUGUAAGGUGUAAAAGGAGAAACUCCUACCAGAAGGGAAUAACCUGCUGUCUGAAGGGAAGAUUAGAUGCAGUCUGACAACUUUUUCCAAACUGCUCUGUUUGAAGUACUAAAGUGGUGAAUUUGACUGCGUUAAAUUACAGAAUAUGGGAUUGAAUUGGAUCAAAUGGAAUUGAAUUGUUGUGGUAUUUACUGAAUGGAAUUAAAUUACAGCAGGUUUUAAUUUGACUUGUUCUGAUAUAGCCUUCAGGUCUUCUGUCAUUAAUAAGUGCUUUUAAAAUAUGCUGAUCUCAACUGAAAAACACUACAUUUAGUAAUGUCAGCUUAGGUGAUAACAGCAGUUAUUGUUUUUGGUGCAGCAGACAGGUUGGAGGUUUUCCUUUCCUGCUCACCAGUCUAAGAUCCUUAAACAAGCUAAAACUGUUCUGUUUGCCUUUACAGAGUCCAUGUCGUCUGAUCAUGCCGAGCAUAAUUAAGACCACUGUGUGAAUUCCUGAGCUUUUAGAACAAAUACUUUGUACUGCUGGUUCUUCCCAUUAAACACAUUGUCUGACAUGGCACAGUGUGAAAUUAUGAAGCACGUCAUUGUAAAUGAUAAAAAAUAGCAAAAAUUCAGUUUGUUUCAUUCUCUGUCCUCUUUAGUCAUACAGGUAAAGGUAAAGAGUCUUAUACAUGUAGUGAUUUCAGCUCACUGAACUGUUAAAGUUGAAUGUGUUCAGAAUUUACUCUGUAAUGCAGAUCACAUGGAUUGUUCCACUGCCACAGUAGUGAUGGGGUCGACCUUCCAUCACCAAUGGUGAGGGCACGGUUGAUAAAUGCGGUGUGCUGAGUUAGGUCCAGAUAGUUCUUGCCUGUGGAUGUAUUUUUAUCCCAUUUACUACAAAUGUAUAAUUCCUGCAGUUGAUUUGCAGCUCAUUUCACUGUUUUAACCAGAACUGCUAAAACAUCCGAAUCCCUGCUACAUUUAUUUUUUUGUAACCAACACUACAGCUUGACCUGAAAGUCUGUCUGAAAAGUAGAUUGCCCCUGCUGAAGUUUCAGUAAGCAUUCAUUUAUGCUGAUGAAGUGCUGUCGAGAAAAAAUAGAAGAGUUUUAUUUAUUUAUCUCAAUAGUAAUGUGUUUUUCCUAAUAUAUGGAUCAUUUGAAGUGAGAGAUUCCAUUUGUCCUUGUUUUGGGUUGUUUUUACUGGAGUUGGAAAGUGUGAAAGCCUGUUAAUCUAUAUUUGUAGGAUAGGUGGGGGAGAUGAGGCAUCUGAAAGACUGAACAGCAAAUUGAGGCAGGAAGAGUCUGUAAAGGCUGGGCUGGAGAAAUGUACCUAAACUAAAUAAAAUGAAACUCAGCUUGG